AUGCGGGGGAGACGACUUUCCCCGACUAUUCAUCCAGAACGCCCUGGUCAAGUCCCUGGCUCCGGUGAUGGAAAUGCGAUUUUUGGAUCUGGGGCCUGUCCGUCCUGGGCACCAGACGAGCCCAGAAUGUUCCUACACUCAAUGCCCACAUGGGCUCCAAAUCAUGGCUUCCAAACGCCAGAGCCCGCAAAUGUAUAUCUAAAGCGCGAACGAUCCCCUCUCGGCGAUCGUGACCGAGAGAGGAUUAUUGCGCCCAGGCCUCGGGAGCCUCAGGAUCUUCAACCUUACGCUAGAGAGUAUCAUGAUUGUUCUCGUCCAAAUCGUGAUAACGAAGAUCGUCUGCGCUCUGAUCGGGAUCGUCGUCAAGAUCACCAAUACAUGGACCAGCCUCCACCCAUUCGCGACUGCAACGGUUAUCCUAUUGGUCGCCCAAACCAGCGCAUACCUCGAGAUCCAUCUGCAUUUCAAGCGGAGUCCCGUGAUUUUCCAGAUUAUCCUAGUCGUGAUGAUUACGAGUACCAGCACCCUCGCGGAUUUCAGACCUCCGAUGUGGUUUCAUUACAGGGUAGCCAAGCAAUAGGUCAAGGAAGAGCUGAUCAGUUUCGAGGGUCCGGUCGCUUUCAUCCCAUGGAUAGACCUCCUUCGCCCUAUCGCGCUGGACAGAAUAUGCCACCAUACCGCGAACGGUAUCCAUCUCCUGGUUUGCACUUCUCUCUUCUUGGAGCGCCUCCUGAGCCGUUUGCCUCUGGCGGUGAAAGGCCACAGAGACGCUUUUCGCGCAGUCCAGAGUGGUCUGAUCGGCGUAGAUCACCAAUGCGGCGGCGUCGAGAUUCCGACACA